AAAUUACAAAUCACUUAAGCACUUUAAUAAACCCAAAGGUGAAGCAAGCCUUGUAAGCGGAACAAACGUCUUCAGGACUAUCGCCCAGUGCGUUGAUUUCGUGUGAUGGAAGCUUGGAAGAAGCACGUGCGCGCAAAGCUCUUCCAGCGGGAUCUCUUACAAAAGGAUCCAUUUACCGGCCUAUUUAAUACGUAUUCACAGCUGCUGGAGAAAUGUGAACUACGUGAGAAGGUGUGGGAGGAAAACCAGAUAUCCAUCUCUGAGAAAAGCAGCAGUGACGGUCAAACACUUGAAGUGCCGUUUCAUGUAUAUCUGGUGCUCAAAGAGAAGGAGAAAGUCAUAGAGAAGCUCUUACAGACUGUUGCAGACCUGAACACCACCAUGUAUCUUAAAGAGGCAGAGCUACAAUACUGUCACUCACAGGUGUCCCGCUAUCGGCAGGAGGCUGUCUCUCAGGCCUGCGACAACGCGGCUCUGCGGGACACCCUGUCAGAGUGCGAGUUCGCCCUGGAGCAGCAGUCUAAAGAGAUGGCGGCUUUGCGCUCAGGACAAACGGCACUGUUGCAGGAGAUGGAUGAAAUCCGGCGUGAGAAGGAGGAGCUACAGGAGCGAUGGUUGCAGGAGAAAAUCCAGGAGGCACACAGAGUGAACCUGAACAAUGAAGCCCAGGAGAGAUGGCAUCGCUUCACCCGUCAGCUAACAAGGCGCCUUCACAAGCAAAACCAGCCUCAGUGUGAGAUUAAGGAAGGACAGCCUGACUCUUUGAAGGAAUCUUCCGAACCACCCAGGGCCAAGGACAACUGAGUCUCUGAGCUGACUAACCGACAGAUGGAUAGCAAGUCUGCCCAAAGGUUCUGAUCUCUGUUGAAGAAGCAGCAUUUUAUCAUGAUCAUGUCUUGAAUCAGAAGCAAUCAAAACUAAAAAAAAGUCAGUUUUCCAGAAUGAAACAGCCUUUCAGAAAUACAAAUGUCAAACUGUAAAUGUAUGGCUUUUCUUAUCCCAUUGAAGGUCUAUUUUUGUGCUUGAAUUGCUCAAAUAACUGUCUAAAUGAAAGUACCAUUAAAUCUGGUCAAAGGUACUAUCUAGUUAACUGAAUUCUCUGGGUCCGAAACGCAUCACACAGACACACCCAACUUUUUCCCAUGUUUUUUUAUUUUAAAUAUGCACUAAUAUGCAGUACAAAAUAAAAGAGUGCAUAUUUUUAUCAUGGUAAGUUUUCUUACAAGAAAAGCUGCAACAAUCCAUCUUUAAUAAAUCUCAUAAAUUGA